UUUUUACUCCAGUAAUGACCAACUUCAACUGAAGGGUGACAAAUCCUGUAUUGGGCAAUUUCCUAACUGCAGCACCAUGGCAGGAAUUACCAAAUAUAAUGGGUAUACUGGGAAUGAGACCUUUCUGCAGGUUUGAAGCAGACGCCCUCAGGGAGGCCGGCGCUGUCUGCUCGGGGCCACGGAAGGAGGGCUGGCCGGGCCCGGCGGGGCCGUCAGUGCCACCCACACCGCGGCGGCUCAGGCGUGGCCUCCGCUAACGGCGUCCCUGCCCUGUUGCUGCCGGUGAAACAAGAAGGCGCCUCUUGAGGGGUCACGGAGGUGUCUGAGGGCUUUUACCCCGGCGGGGAUGGCGAGGAGAGCGCUGGGGCUGGGUCAGCGACGUCCGGCACCCUCAGUCCCUGACGGCGGCGGCUGUGCCCUCACGCCCUCGCUUCGACGCCGCGCGGGGCUCAGGGGUGAGGGCUGAGGCGGCGAGGGGAAGGAGCGCGGCCCUUCAAGGGAGCCUUUCAGCCUUCUGCAGGCCGCCGGCGCCGAGACCCGCCAAGCAGCGUCUGGAAAACAUGUCCUAUGGAAAGUGGCUGAGGGAGCUGGGUUUGUUUAGUCCCGAGGAGGCUCCAGGUGGACCUCAUCGCUUUCUACAACUGCCUGAAAGAAGGUUGUAGUGGGCUGGGGGCCGGUCUCUUCUGCCGUGCCCACAGUGAGGGGACCAGAGGAAAUGGCUUUAAGGUGAGACGGCGGCUGUUGGGGUAGUCAGGCAAUGGAAUAGGUUGCCCAGGGCGGUGGUGGCGGCACUGUCCCUAGUGGUGUUUAAGAGGAAGAGGCGUCUGGAUGUGGCGCUGGCUGAUGUGGUUCACAGAUUUAGAGGUGAUUGUGAUGGUGCUGGGUUGACGGUUCGACUGGGCGGUGUUAAGGAUCUCUUCGAACCUCGACGAUUCCACGAUUCCAUGCUUCUGUGAUUCCAUUCUUACCCCUCGCGGCGCGGGGCGGGACCCACCGCGGCUGUCACGGAAAGGGAGGGCAGGGCAGCGGGGGCCCCGCCCUUCAGCUGUUGCUGCCCGGGCCCCGAUUGGCGCCGCGCGGCGCCGCCCGGCCCCCGCUAUAAGGCGGAGGCGCGGGAGGGGAAGGAGCUGCCGCGGCCGCGGCGGGGCUGGUGGGGGAAGAGUGAGAAAGAAGACUUGCCAGACAAGAUCCAAAACCAGUGAAACCUUUGCCUUUGUAAUAAGGUGACUCAGAAAGUCUGCGUAGAGGAUUCCUAGCCAGAGCUGCUUGGUGCAGGGUACUGUCUCUCAAGUACCUGAGUGGGAAGAGGAUAUGCCUGAAGGAAGGAUGCCUACACUUUGUCACUGAAAGGGGUUUGAAGAUGCAUCAAGACUGAUAGUGAGGACAGAAAAAUCUCCUGAAGAAGAGGACAGCCUGAACUAUUGGCCAUGUCUAUCACAGAUCACAGCCCCACCACUGGAGUGGUGACUGUCAUCGUUAUCCUGAUUGCUAUUGCGGCUCUGGGAGCCCUGAUUCUGGGCUGCUGGUGCUACCUGCGGCUGCAGAAGCUCAGCCAGUGUGAGGAUGAGGAAAGCAUUGUGGGUGAGGGAGAAACCAAAGAGCCCUUUCUGCUGGUGCAGUACUCUGCUAAAGGACCCUGUGUGGAGAGGAAAGCAAAGCUAACUCCAAAUGGCCCAGAAGUACACAGCUAACUCGGAGCAACAUGCAGAUGGGCUACGCUCAUGACGUGUAACCAGCAGAAGCAUCUCAAUACUGUGAAGAACCUGGUCACGUGCAAACUACUCAUCAGAAAACACCCUUUUUUUUUUUUUAAUAAGAAUUAAAUAAACUUUGUUUGCAACUGCAUGCACUGAGAAGUUACACUUUGCAUCAACUAAUUCCUCUAUGGCAGGAGCUGACUCACCUGGUGUAAUGUCCAUUGCCGGCAAUGGGCACUGGGAUAUACUGGUGUGAAGAGACUACUACUGUUUUCUGUUACUUGAAUGUUUAGCUGAGCCUAUUUUGAUUGAGCUACUACUGUAAUGUGAACACUUUACAACUGUGAACUGUAAAUAGGCUGCCAGAAACUUGUUUUGUGUUCUGUAGCAUAUGGGAAUGUGAUGUGUAUGUAAUACACAGGACUUCUGAACCACCACCAUGGAUGGGACUCCAGACCUUCAAAACCAGAUCUGCAGUUAAAGCUUGCUUCUGCUACUAGAUUGAGUGUGCAGCCAUUAAGUCAGAACUCCUCCUUUGAACAGUUUAUUGCACUGAUGCAGAGUACUUCAUUUGAAAAGAAGGGAUAAGCCUUCAAUAAUAUGCUGAAGGAGGAAACACAAGAGCAAGGAAAAGUACCUUUAGCUGCAGCUAUGUUGGUUAAGCUUUUGGCUGCUAGGACUGAGUUCUACAUGUAGCCACUGCAAGGAAACUGCCAUUUUGAUGGGUUCCAACCUGGGAACUUAUGAUGGAUACUGAACCCUCAGGGAAAGUCCAGAUGGAUUCCAGGUGUUUGAAAUGGCAGUAGAGCAGGCUUCUGUCUUCCAUAGGUCUGUGUGCUGAAACUGCAUAAGUGGUUACUUAGCAAAACUGGCUUAAGUGCAACUAGUAUGAAUUCUUCCUAGAACCCUGGUUUGUGUACUUAGGGUGUAUGUUAACAGCCUGUUACAAAAAGGCAUUUUGUAAUACAUACAGCCAGACAACUCUAGAAUUCAGUUAAUGUAUCUUGUAUAUAACUUUUGAUGGAACUGUACUACAACAGGAAAAGUUUGUCUUUUCUACUGUUGAUAGGGGCAAGGGUUAUUGCUGGUGAGUUUGUAGAAGUUUUUAGCUAGCAAUGGCCAAGUCCUUCCAGAUAAUAUGUAUUUCCUGUUCUGUGCUGGCAUUCAGCUAUAGGAACUGUAGAAAGGUGUUAAAUGGGAAGUUCUGGACUGCAAAGGAUUGGGGGGGAGAAGGAACAACAUGAGCAGCCAAUGGCAGCUUAUGUAUUCUAAAAUUCUUUGUGUAGGCACACAUGCUUAGAGGUCACUAGCCUGUUUUCUAUUACUUUAUAUGUGGCCUCCUUUGCAUACUGAUGUUUUUAAACACUUAAUUGCCUAGCCUUAAUUCAGCUCCAGAGGAAGCAUUAGACUUGCUUCUUGUACUUGUACAUAUGGAAUAACUUAAGGCCUAGCAAGCUUGCUUGAGAAUUUUAACUAUAUGCAAGACAAGAAUGGCCUAGACAAAAAGUUCUCCCCUUCUUCUAAACUAAGAUAUUGAAUUGCUUUGUUAGUAUUACAUUUGCCUUUUUAAAAUUGAAAGCUGUAAUUUGAAGCAAAAAAAUGCCGUCAAUAGUAAAAAGCUCCUGCUGUUGCCUCUUGAGUACAACAUAUGGGGUACAGCUGAUAAUGUUCUUACCCUGAGACAUGCUUUUUAAAAUAUUGCUCUCAAGAGACUUGCAUGUAUAGACAGACCUGUACACUUAAAUAGCUGUAUUUGAGACCUCUUAAAAGCAAAGAAAAAAAUGAUUAAUUCAGUAAGACUUCCUCUAGUUUUCAGUAGAGAACAGUUCACAUAUGGCUUUUGUGGUUUCUAGGGUCAGAAUACCAGUAUACAAAAGUGAUACAAAGUGUUGAAGAUCGGGAACAGAACAGCUGUAGCAAGAUGACUUUGUCCAUUCAAGUUUACUGAUUACACAGAUGAAUUAUCUAUUUUCAGCACAGAGAAUGCAGUGUAAAGGGCAAAUUUCAGAAAUUAUGGAAAAAUAUAAAUCAAAGGUCUGAUUUCCCUUCUAGCAGCUGUAAGAGAAAGCCAGUGAAAACUAACUGGUCCUUAGAGGUGCUGCACACUGCUGCCCCUGCAAACCAGUAUCUUUCAUUUAAAUGGAUGGGUGUUUGCAAGUUAGUGCAAUAGUAAAGUGCAGAAAGUGUUUUCCAUUCUCCUCUUCUCUUAAGAUGGGGGUAUCUAAUAAGUUGUUCAAGUAUACAAAAAUAUUCCAUUUGAUUUUUCUUUUUCUAGAUCAUGUGGGGAAAGUCUUUAUUUACAAUGAAUGUCAAUAAAAUUUGCAUAAAUGCCUACCCAAUACUGCA